GCGUAGUGGGCGGGCCCGGGGCACUGGGCGGGACCGACCCGAGCUUGGUGUCGAAGCCCGGAGGGCAACUCCGGAACUCCGCGAUCAACGAGCGAGCCUUGCGCAGGCCGUAAUCCCAGUCCCGCACCGCCAUGGGGCACAUCGAGUGGGCCAUGUGGGCCAACGAGCAGGCGCUGGCCUCGGGCCUGAUCCUCAUCAUGGGCGGCAUCGUGGCCACGGCUGGGCAGUUCACGCAGUGGCACUUCGGCGCCUACUCCAUUGUGGCGGGCGUGUUUGUGUGCUUGCUGGAGUAUCCCCGAGGCCGGAGAGCACGUGGCUCCACUGCAGAACGCUGUGGACAGAGGUACCUGAGUAAGGUGCUGCAGCUGCUUGGGCCGCUGGCCAGGAACUACUACAUCCGGGCCUUCCUGCAUCUGGGGCUUGCAGUGCCUGCGGGCUUCCUGCUGGCCACCAUACUGGGGACAGCCUGCCUGCUCAUCGCCAGUACCAUCUACUUGCUGGCGGCCAUCCGCGGUGAGCAUUGGGCCCCCAUUGAGCAGAAGCCCAAGCAGCGGCCACAGGCCAGCGCCACUGUCAAGCAACCGCCCAGCAAUCCCCCACCGCGGCCCCCGGCCGAAGCUCGCAAGAAGCCAACUGGGGAAUUAGAGGGAGCAGCCGACUCGGAUGUGGCAGCAGGGGGCCCGCAGGCCAACCCCAUCCCUGUGAGCGACGAAGUUGUGUGAGCAGAGCCUUGACAAUAAAAUGCCAACUGCUG